UCUCCACCCUGCUAAUAUUUCCUUUACCUCAAUUAUUUAGGACCUUUAUUAGUUUAACUUUAGUAUUGUAUAGCUAGUUUUCCGCCAAAACGUUUUUUGGAGAAGAAAUUUUCGCUCAAGCGGUCGGGGUUGAUUGAACUACGACGUAUCGCUAGCUAAGUUGAUUAUUCGGCUCAGAAAAAAAAAAUAUAAUUUUUCGUGUGCCCGGGCCGAAGAUUCGUCACUGCGUCAGUCAUUCACCGACCGCCCUGGCGUCGACAACUCCAAGACCUGCCAGUCGCAAACGCGAAGUCGAGUUGUGAACAACCUAUAGUACAAACAAACGUACAAAUUUUUCUUACAGAGAGAAGUGAGGUGAACGCAUUUUGUAUGUUCUAUGAUUGAGGAAAAAAGUGACAGUGCCUUGAAAACAGUGCAAGUGACCCAGGAUUGAUUUAAUAGAACGUCGCGUCAGUGAAUUUUCUGCCCGCGAUGUAACCCGUUUAAUAAAUGAAAUAAAACAUGUGAUUUUAGAUCGUUGAACGCGGAAAACUGUGUUCGAUUUUCGAAAAUUAAAAAAUUAUUCGCUAGUCAUUUUGUAUCUGUUGUUAUUCUUUUAAACUGCCUCUGCUCCGGUUUUCUUUUUACAGAUUUUGUUUUCUUUUUCUGUGUUCGAAUAUCUAAAACCACAGUAUACGGGAACAAGUGAACAAAUAACAAAAUAUUAAAGAAAUUACAAUAAAAAAAAAAAUAGUGCCUUAGUAGAAUGUUUAUUUAAGAGGUCUAUAAAAGGAGAGCGGACAAAAGAAAAUACGGCGUCGACAAAAUGCCAAAAAACUUGUUGCUUUUCAAAAAGUUAAUACCAGAACUGAACUUUGCGAAAAGAAAUCUUACUUCGCCGCUUGGCCGGAACAUAUAUAUCAGUUAAAAAACAACAGUGGUGCUUUAAACAUCAACAUAGUUGAAAAAAAACACACAGACAUACGAAGUAGAGUGCCAUAAAGGUUUUUUUUUCGAAGAAAAAUUGCUUAUGGUUAAAAAAGAAGUUGCCUUAGCCGACCAAGUCGUUUCAAAUUAAAAAAAAAAAGCAGGAACACCAAAUAGUUAUUAGUGGAAGCCGCAAUGCGAAUACGAUUCGAGCGUCUUCUAAAUCAUUCGGUGACUUAAAAAGUUUUUCGGAGUAAAAAAAGGGAGUGAUGAUGAAUAAUAAUCAAUUUCACGAGCUCUUCGGGUCCCAGUGGCCCCCUGAUCAGCACGGAGGUCAUUCUUCGGCCUCUACAAUGCUGCACCAGGGGCAGGGGAUGCCCCAAGGGAUGCAGCUGAAGCGGGAACCCCACGACGUCCAGGGGGUGAUGCAUAACCAGAUGGGGAUGGAUAUAUCAGGAUCGGUGGCUGACAGCACGUCUCCACCCCCAGGAAGCAGUGAGGGGAUGUUCAGUUCAGCGAUAUCCGGGAUGUUCAUGGAUAAGAAAGCUGCCAACUCUAUUAGAGGUAAAUCACAAAUCGAGAUAAUACCAUGCAAGGUCUGCGGCGACAAGUCUUCAGGGGUCCACUAUGGCGUCAUCACCUGCGAGGGCUGCAAGGGGUUCUUCCGCCGGUCACAGAGCACAGUGGUCAACUACCAGUGCCCGAGGAACAAGGCCUGCGUCGUGGACCGGGUCAACCGGAACCGUUGCCAGUACUGCCGGCUGCAGAAGUGCUUGAAGUUAGGCAUGAGCCGUGAUGCGGUGAAAUUCGGCCGCAUGUCAAAGAAGCAACGAGAGAAGGUCGAGGACGAGGUCAGAUACUUCCAAGCGCAACAGACUCGGGCCCAAGCGGACUCAGCACCCGACUCAGUAUACGACACUCAACAACAGACGCCCAGUUCCAGCGACCAAUUCCACGGACACUACAACAGCUACCCCGGCUACGGCUCACCCCUCUCUUCGUACGGCUACAACAACCCCCCUCUCAACUCAACAAUGAGCCUACAACCGCAACCGCCCCAGUAUGACGUCACAGACUAUGCAGACUCCACAACCCCCUACGAGCCCAAACAGGGCGCCUUCCUCGACACAGACUUCAUUGGACGUGACGAACAAAAGACCAUCCGAGCGACAACAUCAACUUCAACCGCGACCACAUCAACGUCAACCAUGCGCCAAACAACCAUCAACGAAAUCAACCGCACCAGGGCACAAGAGUUCGACAGAUACGAGGAAAGAAUCCAAUCGCCCGCAUCAGUUAUAAGCAUAAAACAGGAAAUUAAACCAGAAACAUCCAUAGGAGUUGAUAACCUUGUUGCAUCUUAUGUAGACUCCACAACUUUUCUACAUAGUCCAACUAACAUGAACAGUCCGAUGGAUAUACAAAACACUGUGCUUGUAAGUGGGCAAAGCUCAGUUUCUCUAACCAGUGAGGAGUUGAGUCCUGAUGAUUUGACGUCCAGCAGUGGGCAUGGAAGGUUGAUGGACCCUCUCAAUAUGAAUAUGUCUGGAAUGGGUAUGGUCAACCCUAAUGCGGUUUCCAAUAGAAGACACCAAGGUUCAAGCAGUUCAAAUGACGAUUUGCCGUCGGAGGGAGACAUCAGUAAGGUGCUGGUGAAGAGUCUUGCCGAAGCACACGCGAAUACAAACCCUAAGCUGGAGUACAUACAUGAGAUGUUCAGGAAACCACAGGAUUUGCCUAAGCUUCUGUUCUACAAUUCAAUGACGUAUGAGGAGAUGUGGCUGGAUUGCGCGGACAAAUUGACUGCGAUGAUCCAGAAUAUCAUAGAGUUUGCCAAACUCAUCCCCGGCUUCAUGAAGCUGAGCCAGGAUGAUCAGAUCCUGCUGCUCAAAUCUGGUUCAUUUGAGCUAGCCAUAGUGCGUCUAUCACGGCUGAUCGACGUCAAUCGUGAACAAGUUCUAUACGGAGACGUCGUCCUGCCAAUACGGGAGUGCGUCCACGCGCGUGACCCGCGCGACAUAACGUUGGUAACAGGGAUCUUCGACGCGGCGAAGACGAUCGCGCGGCUGAAGCUAACGGAGACCGAGCUCGCGCUGUAUCAGAGUCUCGUGUUGUUGUGGCCUGAACGGCAUGGCGUCCGCGGCAACCCCGAGAUCCAGUGCCUGUUCAACAUGUCCAUGGCGGCGAUGCGCCAUGAGAUCGAGACCAACCACGCGCCGCUCAAAGGCGACGUCACAGUGCUAGAUACGCUGCUUGCUAAGAUACCCACCUUCAGAGAACUGUCUUUGCUGCAUUUGGAGGCGCUGUGCCGGUUCAAAGCGGCCCACCCCCACCACAUAUUCCCAGCGCUGUACAAGGAGCUCUUCUCUCUAGACAGUGUGGACUAUACAUUACACGGAUAAACGGAGAACUGUAUUUCCCCCGACGGAUAUAUAUUUCUUUGCGUUGCGACUAGAUCUCAUUUUUGCCUAUGAAAACGGGACGUUGGCGAGUGAGGCCGUGUUACUUCUAAAGACUAGACAGCUAAACAUUUCAUACUGUAUCCCCCGUGUCUGUACCACUGAAGACGUCUAUCAGUUUGUUAACCUAUUUAUAAUUGUAUGUAUGUACUUUGAGACUGUUAUAAUGAUAUUUAUGUAUUCGUACGUACGUACAAUAUUAAUAUUUAAAUGUUUAUUUAAUUCGAGUCUAAGUACGGAUAGGCGCCUUCAGUUUUACAUUUAUUGUCAGAACGGUUGGCGGUAUAUUGAUCACUUUACAUUUAAAUGUAGAGUAAUGGGAAUGCGUGAAACCGACUUUCUCAUACAUAUUAUUACAUUGUAAUCAUUAUACUUUCUUAAUUAUUUAUUACGGUGUAAUAUUUGUAUGAUCUUAAUAAUAUUAAUUAUCAUAAAGUGUAUCUAACAUUGAGGAAGAAAUAAUAAUGAUUAUUAUAUAAAGAUAUAAUAAUAGAAAUAGAGUUUUUAUUAAGAAAUAAAUAAAAAAGUUAUAAAGGUGUAGCGUGACCACACAACAGUUUGUUUUGUAAGCGAAACAUUUAAUUAAAAUAGGUCUUUUUAUAAUUAUUUUAACAGUUUUUUUUAAAGAGAAUUGUAACUUGUUAUUUAUUUCAAAUGAUUAUUAAUAUUGAUGUUUUUUUCGAUGUAGGAUGUCGAUUAUGUUGUAAUAUAGGAUACUUGAUACUGCCCAUUAUUUUGUAAUAUUUUGUUAGCUUUUUUAAUGAAACAAAAUAGUCGAACAUCAAAACGUAAAUAACGUAAUUUAAAUAAUAAUAAGUUGCAUUGUAACGUAAUAAUUAUUAUAAUUGUUGAACAAAUUCGCGAAAGAACAUUUUUAGUAUUAAUGAUCAAAUCUUGUUAUUACUGACUGUUAAUUUUAUUACAGCUUUACAACAAAUGUUUUGAUUUGGAACUUCAGUUUAUGAUGAGAUUUUUUACACCUUUUUUACCUGUGUUCAUCUUUUUAUUUUAUUUUUAAUGUUUAAACAUAACUUUAUACUUUUACCUUUUUAUCAAUUAUUAUUAUAAAAUGAAAUAUUCUGAUUAAUUUAAAUAUAGAAACUGUUUAUGAAUUUGUAGUUAUUUAAUAUUUUUAUACAAAAAACGUAAUAAUGAGAUUUGAUUGUAUUAAAGUAAAAUUUCAAAGUACAUUUUGAACUGUUUACAAUAGCAGGCAAUUUACUUUCUUCUUUAAUUGAAAUUUGAUCUCAUUUUUUUUUGCACUUCUAUAAUUGAGUGCCAUUAUUUGGAUUUAUUUGCGAAUAUGUGACAUAAUAAAAUUGCAUAAUAAUAUUUUUUGUUUAAGUAUCGAAGUACAUUUUUUUUAAGUAUACGUAAUGUAUAUUUUAUAAUUUGUUUAUAGCUUUACGCGGAUAUACGUAUUUCUUACAUUCUUUGUUCUUUUUUUUUCUAAAAAUUUAAAUUGCCUGCUACUUUACUUAGAUUUAUUAAUAAACAUCAAUUUUUCUAACAAUAUGCUAAGUUUCGUCGGAUAGCCUUUAUUAUAGACUGGAUUAUAUUAAUGUUAAAACGUAUAAAUCUUAACUCGUAUUUUGUAAAUAGCUAUUAAUCGUAUGUAUUUUAUAUUAAAUAUCAUAAGGUUCGAUGGGUUAUUUUUAAUUUUACAUUCUAUUAAAUAAAAAGAAAACAAAUUUUCCAUCAUGGGUCGAUAGACGACGAUCUUGAGAAGUCAUGUGAAAAAUGUUGUUUUUUUAUCUUUCUAUAUAUUAUAUAUUUUUUGUUAAAUAAAGCAAUCUGUUAUUGUCUA